AUGGCAAAUGUACAGGGGACAGUUCUUUCCGGCAUUGGUCCGAGAGUCGCGAAGAAAGAAGAGGCUAGGGCGCUGGGUGUAUCACAGUUGGAAAUCGCCAAGCCUGCCCUUCAUGCAGAUGCGAUUGGAAGGACCCAACAAGGUCUGCAAGAGUGGGUUGCUAGUUUGAAUCUCCUGAACGAGGCACCAAAGUCCCGAGAGAUCCUUGUCGGUGUCAUAGGUGAAACUGGUCUGGGGAAGAGCUCCCUCAUCAACGCACUUCUCGGGUGCAACAUCGUGCCAACCAGCAGCUCAGAAGCCUGCACGGCAGCCGUUUGCAUCUUCGGGUGGAAUGAUGACGUCUCCAAUGGCAAGAACUUCCGUGCUCAUAUCACGUUCAAGUCUUACGAGACAGUCGAAGCAGAACUAGAUGCACUCAAGUACGAGUUGAGUGACCUGGAGGAGACCAGCCACACCCAGGGAGAGCACCCAGAUCAAGAAUACGAAGAACGACGUGCUCAAGCACAACGGCAGAUGAGAAAUGUCGCCAACUGGUCGAGGCUCAGUCUAGAGGCAAUCAGAAAGUCAUCUCCAGCACAGAUCAUUGCGAAUUCGUCUGCCUUUGCUGACAUUUUUAGAAGCGGACGAGGCGAUCGGGCAACGAGUACUUUCAAGCUCGUCAAAGCCGUCAGGAGGAAAGAAUUCUUGGCCAUGCUGAAGCCCUACGUCUCCAGUUCGAAAGAUGUGGCAUCGGCCACGAAAUAUUGGCCUCUAGUUGAGCAAGUGGAAGUUUUCCUGAAAGCUGAUAUACUCAGACACGGCGUAAAGCUCGUCGAUUUGCCAGGUGUGAUGGAUGCUCUGGAAUCCCGCGCCCAAAUCGCACGCAGUUAUCUCUACCGUCUUGAGAAGAGGAUCGUUGUGACACCCGCAACGAGGGCCGCUGACAACAGAGCAGCGGCUGACCUUGUCCUCUCGGAGCGAGAGACUAUGUUCUUGGACAUGGAUAACAUGCUCAAGGGUGAUUCUCUUUGCGUUGCCAUAACCAAGACAGAUGACAUUGAUGACUUGGCCGCGGAGAGCGAGUUUCCUACAUCAGAGAUACUUACAAUCUGCCACGAAAUCAAUAGACGCGGUGGAGAUGACGAUGAUGAAGAAGCAGAAAGCGGAGACGAUACCAUCUAUGGCAAUGCCGUGGAUAUGAGUUGCUUAGCAGGUGAGAAGCGUCCUCGUGCUGACGACGUACAGGGCCGAAGCGCCGUGAGACAAAGAAUGGACAGUGAUGGACCAGACUAUGAUCUGUCCCAUCUCAGCACGGGAACACUCAAGUCGCUUCGCAGGCAGAAGUGCAUUGUGGAGCGAAAUAAGAUAUUGAAGCAAAGGGUGACGGAUAACCUCUUAUCCACCAGAAACAAGAACAAGAAGUCGCGCGCGUCAGCAUUAGCUGAUAAUCUGCCUUCAGUCUUCCCUGUCAGCAGCAGAGCUUUUCAGGCUUUGAGGUUGAGAGACAAGACAAGCCACUCUGAUGGAUUCCCCGACCGACACUCUACUGGCAUCCCGGACUUGGAAGACUGGCUACACCAAGUUUCUCUCCCGUACCGGGAAGAGUGGGUAGAUGGAGACAUUUACCAUAUGCAGGUCCUCUUUGAUGCUGUGGAUGGAUGGAACCAGAAUGACCAUCAUGCAGCGUAUCCAAGACUCUCUAGCGAUCAGAAGAUCGAAUUGGAGAGCAACAUGGCCAUUCUCUGCAAUAACCUGAACGAGCCAGAGCUCGAGCGAACCGUCGACCUGUUUAACCGAGCAGUGAAGGGGUGGGAAAAGAAGAAUCCCAGAGCAAAUGUUGCUGCAUCUUCACGACACGAGAAGACCUUUUGGUCUACUUACCGAGCUUGCGUCAGGAGAAAUGGUGGUCCUUUCAUUCGUCGUGCAAAGACCGGACAGCCAAAGUCUACUAUCUUCUGGAUUGAGGACGUGUCUCAUGCUUUCUGGCAAGGCCAUUUUGAUCAAUGGGCCUAUGAAUUCACUCGUCGAAUCCCGACAUUGAAAGGGAAGAUCCGAGGAGCGGGUCUUAGAACCCUUGCUGCAUGGCUAAAGGAGCUUGACGACAACGAUUCGCUCCCAGACUCGUUCCGAGAGCUGGUGAAGGCUAGCGCCUUCAAGCUGGAUCACCUCGUCGAGAAGUAUGUGGCAGAUGUGCGUGAGCGCGUCACGCAAUUCCAGGCAUCAUCGAGAGCGAAGAGAGAGCCUGUACAGAGGUCUUUGGCGUUGAUGAUGAAGCCAGGUUUCGAGGCGGCGAUCAAGCACACUGGCAAGGGGUUGAUGGCGAAGCAGAUAGAGGACGUAAUCAAGCACGCAGACGAUGUCGGCUUCACCAUGUUCGAGACGGUACGCAACGACUUGGAGAAAGACCUCACAGCAGACAUCAGGAAAGUCUCUGCAGACAUCUCGCAUCUUUGGAAACAUCCCCAGCAUGGCUGUGGUACGCUCAUCAAGGCUGAGCUGAACCGCAUUGCGAAGGGUCUUUGCGCGAAGAAGACUAAGACGCAACCUUCGACGAGGAUGAGCAAUGUAACUCAGCAGACGCUUUCCACCGUCAUUGCCACUUGGCGGUCUGAAUGGGCCAAAGUCUUCAUCUGCCUUCCCGGUGCGCUUCCUCUGGACGACUUCGAAGAAGCGGCGCCCAACGAGGCUGAUGAGACUGAUGGUACUGUUGAGGAGGAGAGUCAGGUGAUAAUUAAGAGAGAGGCUCUCGAGGACGUCAAGGAGAUGCCCAUGCUUUCGGAGGACGAGAAGAAGGCAUUGCUCCCAGAUGGCAUCAAGUCGGAGCCGGCUUGA